AUGACUCUCGCAGAAUUCUUCAGUUGUGCGCUUCUAGCGUUUGGAGCACCACUGGUGAUGUUUUCACUUACGGUAGCCAUCGAUCCGGUGCGCAUCAUCAUCAUGAUAGCAGCAGCAUUUGGGUGGCUAUUAUCAUUUUUGUUGUCAUCUUUGAUUUGGUAUGCUGUGUGGCCAUUACGGUCAUAUUUGGCCUUCGGGAUGGUGUUUGCUAUUAUAUUACAAGAAUUAUGCCGAUACGGCAUGUACGUAUUACUGAGGAAGACAGAAGCAGGCCUCAAGGAGAUAUCAGAAAACCACAGUGUGGGCACUAACAAGCUGGAGAUGGCUUAUGUGUCAGGGCUGGGCUUUGGCACUAUGAGUGGAGCAUUUGCAAUUAUCAAUGUGCUUGCUGAUUCUAUAGGGCCUGGCACUUUGGGUUUAAGAAGUGGAACCGAAUACUUCUUCGUAACUAGCGCCGCCAUGACACUAUGUAUGAUACUUCUGAACACAUUCUGGAGUGUCAUAUUCUUCAGUGGUUUUGAUGACAAGAAUUACAUCAAGGUUGGAUGGGUGAUCGUGUCACAUUUCCUUGUAUCCGGACUGAGUUUGUUGAACAGUAGGGAGUUGUAUGCAGCAACAAUUUUACCCUCAUAUGGUAUAUUAGUCAUUACAGCGUAUAUCGCGUUCAGGUCGGCUGGCGGUUCGAGCAAAAGCUUUAUAGAAAGCUUUUCAACAAGAUCAUCAUAG